CUCAGUUGCUGCUGGACCAGGGCUGUUCGUGUUGCCAAGUAGAGCGCUAUUUUAAGCGGCUUGUGCAUGAUGAUGGAAGACUUCAGAAAUAUUGCUGACGAGACAUGUCCAAGCUUCUUGGGCCAUUCAUUAAAUAGCAGCGCAAGUGCCGUCUUUGGAAACGUUACUGUUUCCUCAAACCCUGGCUUACCUGUUGCAGCUUCAACUGUUGCUAGGAGUAAAACAAACUGUGGCAACAGGGAAGCUGCUACAGAAGAUAAACAACCUCAGCCAGCUUCUGUUGGUUUGAAAGACUCCCAUUCAAUAUAUGCAAAGCCAGAUCAGAGUGUCACUGAGCAGGCAAAUCACAGUCAAGGUACCUUAUUUGAGGUACUGCCACUUGAACGAUUGGAAGAUUUGUCAACAGGAAUAUGUUUUCUUCCAGACAUUGAGAAUGACGAGGUUUGUCCACCUGAACCUUCUGAAGAAUUGACAGAAAGGGAAAUCUCAAGUGAUCAUCUUAGCAAUAGCCUUUCAAGUUUUUUGGAGAAUGAGAAGCUCUCCGGUCUUACAAGCUCAGAAAAAAAUACCACAGUACGUGAUGAUAUUGAUGAUGAAAAGUUCUUUGAUAACCAGCUAGAAGCCUAUUUUGAACAGCUGAUGCAAUCAGAACUGAGACGUGACACCGACAUACAGAGACUCUCAGAGUGCUGCAAAGCGCUGAAGCUUUCUGAGAAUGGCUUGCUUCAGGAGCAGAGCUUUCAGGUUCCUGACAUGUACCAGGCUCUGACAGGAGUGGACUCAGGAAAUGCUAAUGAUGAAAAUUCACAAAAUGAAGGGAUAACUGGAUGUCCUGUGCAACAAAUGCAGCCUGGAGCAGUGCAGCAACUGUUUAUGGAAGAGGUGCUCCAGCCCUCCGAUCGUCUUCCUGAUGCUUACCUGUCUCCAACUCCAGACAGCUGUGAGAGCACAAUUUUAGCUACAACAGACAAAGGUGAUUUACCACACAGUGUUGUCUAUCAAAACGAAGAGGGCAAAUGGGUGACUGACCUUGCGUAUUAUACUUCUUUUGAUAAACAAGAAGAUUUAAAUCUAUCUGAAGAUGAUAAUAUAAAUGAGUUCAUCACUGGAUCUGAAGCAGCAGCUAUGAUCGCACAAGACCAGGAAGAAUUUGAGAAGGCUCACAAAGUCUUGCAGGCAAAGGCAGAUGUUCUGAAUGCAUCUGAAUUAGCGGAUACUUCGUGGAAAUCUGCUAAUAGCUGUGUUCUGAGAGCAUCUGAUCUUGAUAAGGAUGCCAGUUAUUUACGUUUGUCUCUGGGGGAGUUCUUUGGUCAGAGAUCUGAAGCUCUUGGUUGUCUUGGUGGAGGCAGUGAUGUGAAACGGCCAUCAUUUGGUUACUAUAUUACAUCUCCAGAGAAAAGGCAGCCUGUUGCUUUGCUAACACCACCUAAUUCAUCAGGAGAUGGUACUGCUCAAGAGACUUCACAACUGUCUGAGUUGUCUACAGAUGACUUAAAAGCACAAACAAAAGAACAUGCCAGUUCUGCCAGCUGUCAAGGUGCAUGGCAGAAGAUGGACACUGCAGCUGGAAUACAUAAAAGCAUGAAUACAGAAGCAGCUACCAGAAGUGAAGCUAAUGAUGGAAUCCAUAAAGGCAAGUUUGAGGCUGGGCCAUUGAAUAAUGCUGCUCCUGAACCAUGUAAUGAUUUAGGGAGCAAUGAUAAAACUCAAAAUGCAAAGUUAGAGAGCAGGAAAAAAGAUGCCAGUGCUGCUUGUGGUGGGAAGGCAAAACAUGUAACUUUUGAGAAGCUCUCCCCAACUUCUGAGAACAGUACUGAGCAUAAAGCUGAAUGUGACUUGCAGCCUCUGGAAGAUGAGCAGUACAGCUUCAGACCUUCAACUUCACCACUCACUCACUCUUCUCCUAGUGACAUUUCUGGAACAGCAUUUUCAGGAUCUGAAGCUGAAUUUACUUCUGGGUCAUAUUAUCAGGAAUCUUCUUGCAAAGAGGAUGUGCUAACCCAGUCAGUUUACUCGAGUCCUACCAUGAGCAGGUUGACCUAUGUUUCUGAAUCUGACAGUACCCUCAAGGACUCAGCUGUAAUAGAUAAUUCAGAGACAUACUGGAAUGAAAGCGCUUCUGAACUGAGCACGACAAUUGUUCGAGCCAGCCCAACUCCUUCUCAGGAACGUGUAGCUGAAAAUCUGGAAUGCUCCUGUCAAAGGAGUAGAAAAGAAGCACUGCCUACUGUUGACCAGAAAUCAGAGGAAUAUCAGCUUGUAGGUCUUCAACGAAAACUUGAUCUAAUGGACCAGGACCCAUCCAAAGAAGGUUUUCCAAAGAAUGAAGAGCAUUUGACAUCUACUUGUGCAAUUGUGGCAGCAAACCGUAAAGAGCCAGACCAUCCCAAAUCAGCUUUACCAGGAUGUGUAAAAGUACCAGAAGAAUUGAAGUUCCCUAAUGCCUGUUGUGUGGGAAUUGCAUCAGAGGCGGUUCUUACCAUUUCUAAUUCAACUAAGCAGUGGUCACAGGUCAUCAUUGGAAUACUCAGUGUUUCAGUUAAUGGGGAAAAGAUGAAUCCUGUGAAGCAUCAAUGCCUGGCUUUCAAGAACAAAACCAUGGUAGCACCCUAUUCUACUGGUGAUGUGAAAAUACUUUUCUUUCCCAGUCACCCAGGGAUCUUUCAGUGUAUUCUCAGUGUUUCCUCCUGGCCAGUUUCUGCAGAUAAGACGAUCUUUCAGGCUAGUAGGGUAGUUCUGACAGCUGUUGCUGAAACCCCUGAUUUAGAAGUGCAUGCAGGUCCAGGAGGUAUUCUGGAUUUUGGUGAUUUGACUUUUGGCAGCUGGAAGGCUCUGCCACUGCAAGUGGUCAACAAAACCCAUGCUUUUGUGCCUCUUCGAUUUAUCAUUAAUGGAGAUGCAGAAGCUUCAAGUUGCUUCACAUUUUCCAAGGAACCAGUUAGUCCUUCCAGUGAGCAAUCACUCCAAGCAGAUACCAUUUCUCAGAUAGCAUCUCCACCAGUUGUAAAUCGUGUGAUACAUGCAAGCUAUGAUGGGCGAGAUCCUGAAGCUUUAACAGUUUGGGUUCUAUUCCAUGCACCUAAGAGAGAAAUUUCUUCUUCAGAUUCCUUGGGUCCAGCAGAUGUGUUCUCAGCAAGUGUUGAUGUGGAGCUGGAUAGUCCAGGACCCAGCAGUGUGAUUAAACGUGUCCCUCUCCAAGCAAGAGCUGGAACAGCCAAGAUACAUGUUCCAAAUAUCUUAAAGACAAUGCAUCUGUCUGCUAGGGUGGGGUCUGGAGCCAAACAGCAGCUGCCCUUGAAAAAUGCUGGAAACAUUGGUGUACAUUUGAAAAUUAAGAUAUCAGAUGAGGACAGCUGCUUUAGCGUUCUACCUCAGGUUCUUUUCCUUAUUCCUGGAGAAGAGCAAAAAUUGACUGUCCUGUUUGUUCCAUAUAAUGUCAGGACUACAGAAAGUUCUUUGGAAGUCCUCGUGCUGCCCUUUGGACCUCAGUAUGAAGUAGUGUUGAAAGGUGAAGUGGUGUCUGAGGGAAAUAGACCUGUUCCUGAAGCUGUUGGUGGCUGCUCGACCAUCCCACGCAUUCUCUCCAACAAGCAGUUCAUUGUCUGGGGAGGAGUACCCCUUGGAACAUCAGUCCAGCAGAAGUUAUCUUUAAGAAAUGACUCUCCAUCUGUGACCCAGCAUUUAAGGCUCUUGAUAAGAGGCCGGGAUCAAGACUGCUUUCAGCUGCAGAGUAUAUUUGGAUCAGAAGAGCGCUCAACUAUUAAUUGGGAACUCAAAAUUUGUCCCAAAGAAGAUGCUGACAUACAUUUGACCUUUAGACCUACUCGGGCAACUUGCUGCUUUGCCAAGCUAGAAAUCAAACAGCUGGGGAUUCGAUCACAGCCAGGAAUUAAGUUUACUAUACCAUUAUCUGGAUAUGGAGGAACAAGCAAUUUAAUUUUAGAAAAUGUUAAGAAACUGCCUAGUAACUACUUGAUAGACCUGAAGGUGUUGCCGCCCUCAACAUCGAAGAGAGCUACUGUGCACGUAAAAAACACAGGUUCUCGGGCUGCCUAUGUUAAAGCAGUGUGCCUUGAAAACCUAGGGGCAGGAGGAAUUAUGGAUCCUCAAGUGUUGAUGGUAUCUCCAGAGAAGUUCGUGGUAAGAGAAGGAACACAGGAAGUGAUUACCAUAACAUGGAAUCCAAUGGAAAUCAACUUCCAAAGUCCAACCUCGUUGUUAGCAGCAGUGUGGUUGUUUUGGGGAGAUGAAGUUUCUAGGCAGCAGUACUUUAGAUCUAGGAAUUGUGAAUCUGAGAAAGAAACCAACGUAAUUUCAGAACAUAGCAUAUUGAGAAACAUUGCUUUUGGUGGAGAAUUUCAAGGGGAGCAACUUGUGACAGAAGUAUGUGAUAUUCCCCAGAAUGUGAACCAUGCCCGUCUUUUCUACACAAGCAUGCGGACCAUCUCCCUUUUUGUGAGGGGAUAUUGCUUGCCUGAACUGGAAUUACUUCGGUGGCCUUCUGGAUGUCCUGUGGAGGUGGACAGUUUUGAGAACUCUGUCAGACGUAUCAGUGAAAGUCUGGGCAUUCUUCCUGUUAAAGGACCUCAGGUUCUUCCAUUACCUAUUGAAACUGAUGAACUGGUUCAGAAUAAGUCAGACACUCAACAGCCUUGGACUGUUGAACCUGAGUGCUUGAUUUUGACAUCUCCUUCUAUUAGUGGAACAACAGAUACUGGACAUGUGCGAAUUGUCAACAACUCUAAUAGGACAUUGGCAUUUGAGCUUACGUGGCCAGUGCGCUGUCUUACUGUAACCCCACAACACGGAGUUGUUGAACCAGAGAGCAGUACACAAAUUUUGGUCAGUCCUAAUCCAUCACUUGCCACAAAGCCUUCAUUAAUUCCUUGGAGUGGCUUAAUCUUCAUCCAUUGUGGUAAUGGACAAAAGUCUAUCCAAGUGCAGAUUCGUGAGGCAGUGGCAGGGAGUGUGCCUGGAACAGACUGUCCGUCUGGAAUCUCUGAGUUACUUUCUCUACAGCCUGACAACUCUUCUGCUCAUGUGGCGAAGCCUGCCCAGGUGCUCCUGCACCCACAAAUGGCAGUACAGAUAAAGAACGAAAAUCUUUCUUUUCCUAGGACAAGACCUGGCCUCAGAUCAGCAACUCUACUGGAAAUGGAGAACAAAGGGAAUGAAGAUGUGAAGUGGCAUUUGUCACUGAUUACACCACCCUAUGUUAGAGACAGAAGUGGUGGUUUCCAGAGGGCUACUUCCUCCGUUUUCACAUGCUCCCCUGUUUCUGGUACUCUUGCAGCUCACAGAGAAAUGAUGGUUCCUGUAAUGUUUUCACCUAAAAGUGAAGGAGAACGCUUUGAGUUCUGGAACUUUGAGUGCCACCCGGUUGACACAUGUCGUUACAGAUACACAAUAAAACUUCUUUUUCAUGGAACAGUGAGUUCCCCACCACUGAAAAUCACAGUCAGGAGCUCAGAAGAUCAAGUCUCCAUAUUGGUCCCAGAGACCAAGAAAGAAAGUCUUCUCUUUUGCCAACAGGCUUUUGAAGAAGAAGAAAUUGAAACUACAAGUGUGGAAACUACUGCAAGUACCACCCUUCGGCCAGAGCUUCCAGCUGCAACAGAAACGAAGGUUUGCUGUGAAGCACAUAGAAUGGAAGCUGGACAAAAUGAGUUAUUUCGAGGAGUCUAUGCACCAGAAAAGGUCUACAUUUUUCCUGAAACAAGAGUUGGAGAAUCAUGCACCUUAAAGGUCAACUUGAGGAAUCAUUCCUUUGCAACACACCUGCUGAAAUUUAUAUGUCCCAGAGAGCCUUUCUACAUCAAGCACUCGAAAUACAUUCUAAGAUCCCAUUAUUACAUCCAUGUGCCAGUCAAGUUCAAGCCCAAGGAGGAAGGAGAAUUUACAGGCCUCUUUCAUGUGCUGUUGACCAAGGGUCCCUCAAUUAGUAUUCAACUGUAUGGUAGAGCUAUUGCAAACUAAAAUAGUUUAUUUAAUUUUUCACAGUUUAUUCCUUUAAAAAUAUUCAAAGAUUUGAACUACGUUUGUCCUCAUGUCCUGGUUGUUUUGCCCUGUGCUGCUGCUUUGAUGGAAGGUGUUCUGUAAGAAGAAUGAU